AUGGCAACAACAGAAUCCAACUAUCGCUCCGAGCUCUCGGGCUUUCGAUGGGCGCAAGGGCGGACGGACGACUCGCGUUCGCAGGCGGCGAGUGGGCCGUCGAGCUACCUCUCGACGCUCACCAACAGCAUAUCGGGCUACGUGCCGCUGCGAUCCAACGAGCGCACCAACGAGGAAGAGGCGUACCUGAGCCUGAGUCGAUGGGAGCGCUUCCUGGGCUUCCUGGCGUGCAUCGCGGGCGCGGCCGUGUGCUUCUUCUUCAGCUUCAUCUUCCUCUCGCCGCCCAUCCUGGCGCUGCGACCGCAAAAGUUUGCGCUGGCGUUCUCGCUGGGCAGCAUGCUGUUCAUGAUCGGAUUCUCGGUGCUCUCGGGACCGCUCGCGCAUCUCAAGCACAUCUGCAGCAAGGAACGACUGCCGUUCUCGAUCGCCUACUUUUCGUCUCUCGCCCUCACCAUCUACUUUGCCGUCGGUCCGCGCAAGAUGCUGCCUACACUCAUCUUCGCCGUGAUCCAGGUGGGUGCGCUCGUCACUUAUUUGGCCGCAUACUUCCCUGGAGGCACCACCACAUUGCGGUAUGGUGGCAGCAUGAUCCUGCGAGGCGGAGCGUCAUUACUCCCAAUCUAA